GUCACAUCUACCCACAAUGCAUUGCGAGUAGCAGCUUGGAAUAAACAGAAACAAAAUGGAUGCUUGUCUGAGUGUGGAGAGAGAGCAAGAAAAAGUUAGCAAGAAACUAAGGGGAAUUCAAACACACACAGAUGCUACAUUAGGGGAUUUGUUUAACCACGUCAAUAAUCUUCAAAAGGAAAUUGCUGAUUGUAAUACAGAUGACGAACUAUCACCAUUGCAGUGCCAUGUGUUAUCCCAAUCAGCAAAAAAAGUUAAAGAGACAGUCACUAGAUUAGCAACAGAACAUAAAGAAUUGCAUGGUGGAAUAUCAAAGAUUGGUAAAGCCAUAGAUAGGAAUCUUAUAGCAGACAACACUACAUGCAGCAACAGAGAUGCGUUUGAGGGUGCAAACUUGGUCCUGCUAAAUGAAGUCAUUUGCGAACACCUAUUUAGACAAGGCAGAUUGGAUGUCGCAGAGGAACUAAUUAAGGAAGCCAACUUACAGCUUGAUAGUUCAAGAAAAGAGCCUUUCCAAGAACUGAAUAGAAUUCUCGAAUCUUGUAAAAACAAAGAUUUAGAUCCCGCCCUUGAGUGGGCCAAGGCACAUCACUUCCAACUCAAGAGCCGGGGAAGCUCCUUAGAGUUUAAACUACACAAGCUAAAAUUCCUGGACUUGCUCAAGUGUGGUUUACAACAGGAAGCCUUGAUGUAUUCCAGGAACUUUGGACCUUUUGCCAAAGAACACACAAAAGAAAUACAGCAGUUGAUGGCAUGUCUCUUGUACACCAAGACCGGUCUUGAGCAGUCUCCCUACGCCUCGCUACUAGACCCUGUCCAUUGGCUAGACAUCAGUGACAUGUUUGCGCGUGAUGCCUGCGCCUUACUGGGCUUGUCUCUAGAGAGUCCCCUGCAGGUGUGCAUCACAGCAGGGUGUGUCGCCUUGCCGUCCCUCCUGCAGAUCAAGCAGGUCAUGCAACAGAGGCAGGUGGCUGGUGUGUGGAGCUCCAAGGAUGAGCUUCCUGUGGAGGUGGAUCUUGGUCCAGAGUACAGGUACCACUCUAUCUUUGCCUGUCCCAUCCUUAGGCAGCAGUGUACAGAAGCCAACCCACCAGUACGCCUAACCUGUGGGCAUGUCAUAUCAAAAGAUGCACUCAACAAACUUACAAAUGGAAACAAGGUCAAAUGCCCAUAUUGCCCUCUCGAGAUGGCCCCCAGUGAAGCAAGAGAUAUUAGAUUUUACUAAGAUACUUACAGUAGUUUCUGUUAUAGUACGUUGUCUAGAGAAUUAUUAUGUACAUAUGCAAGUCAUCAAACAAAAUUGAGGCUCAAGACAAAAUUCUGAAAAAUACAAAGGGGGCAGAGAGAAAAGCAAAAUAGAGCUUAGAGGUAGUACCUUGAUGUCAAAAUUGUUGUAUAGGAUGGACAAUCUGGGUCCUGACAACGGUAUAGGUAAAUGGAGUUACUAAACUACUUAUUAUUAUAUCAUUAAGAGAGCUUGAAUCCAAUCAAUUCUUAACUUUGUAAAUAUCCAAAGAUAAAAACACCAAAUAAAAUCAUUGAUUUAGAAA